AUGGCCCCGAUCGCGCGCGACAACCAACUCAAGACGCCGUACACGGUGCUCGAUACGGACCCGCACGCCACGCGGGUGAUCAAGUACAUGCGACCGGCCGAUUACGCCGUUUGGGCUGGCAUGACCGCAGCCGCUCCUUUGGCGUUCUAUGGGUUGGGUGAGUUGGACUCGGCAGCGACACCGCCGGAGGACCGCGAGGGGCGAAGGGGGGAGCAGCAUCCGCGCGGGCGAAGGAACACUGCAGGACCGCACACAGACGAACAGGGCAGAACUGAUCAUCACCUCCAACCCAUCGUAGAACUGGCGGACCCGAGCAAGAUGACCCGAGCAGGCCUGCGCCCGGCCCUGCGACUGACCGCGUUCCUCGGCUUCACCGGCGGCUUCCUCCUCGCGUACCAGACUUCGUCCCGUCAGUAUCCGAACCUUGCAGUCUCUCAACCUUCCCGCCGUCCAGCUUGCGCACUCCAAGAACUGACGCGACCGUCUCCCCUCUCUCAUCCUUGUAUUACAAUUCGUUCCGUCCUCUCGAUCCCAGUCCGUCUCUGGGGCUGGAAAGAUAACCUCGCCGAGGAGAAGGCGAUCGAGCAGGAGAUGACCGCUUUGGCCAAGGCAGGAAAACCCCUGUACGGCGAACAGACUUUGCCGCCUUACAUCCAGGGCGUCGCGCAUAGGAAUUCGAUCUGGUCCCAGGUCAGUCCAGUCGCUAGAUCGACUGAGAAACGAGGCGCGCUGAUGAACUUUUUCGCGUCGAUCUUGCGACCACAGCUCAAGUUCGGUGUCAUGCCUUGGUGAGGCCAAACCCUUCGAGAUCCGUGUUGGCAGACAGUACGAACUGACUCUCGUGUCAUCCACCCCGAUCAGGUUCAACUUUGUCCGACACCCGCACCACGGCGUCGACGUGUCUAAAUACGAGACAAGCAAGGACGAGUAG